UCAGAAAGUGCUGAAGAUCAGUUUUAGCUGGAGAUGUUUAUUUUCUUUGUAUUGCACAAUAAACUUUGAGCAAACAGUUUCCUGUUCCUCUUCCUAGGGUUUAUAUCUAUCUAUCUAUCUAUCUAUCUGUGUUUGAACACAAAGAAGAUGGAGAGAAACAGAUCAAACCAGGGCUAUCAGAUGAUGUUGGUGAGAGCAUUCUGACUAACACUUCUCUCUUGAUGCCCAGUGAUGGGAAACCAAAGCAGCAGAAUCAGUGACUUGCUUUUACAAGCCCUCGACAACCUUUCUCAGGAAGACUUGAAAAGAUUUAAAGACAAACUAUCACAUUCUGACUUUGAGGGGAAAGGUACCAUCCCCCGAGGUCGGCUGGAGAAUGCCGACAGGAUAGAUACGAAGAACCUUCUGAUGGAAUUCUAUAGUGGAGACGCUGCAGUAGAUGCAACCAUAGAGAUUUUCACUCAGAUCAACCUCCGAGAUUCUGCUGCAAAACUCAAAGAAGAAAGAGAGAAAGAGUUUCAUCAGAGUCAUAACCCAUCACAGUUGUCAGCAAAAGGCUACAAGAAGAAGUAUAAAGAAGAUAUUAAAAAGAAAUACAAGCUAAUAAAAGAUAUGAACAGUCGUUUUGGUGACAAUAUGAUUCUAAACAGAAGAUACACAAACCUCACUAUUGUAGACAGACCUCGUCAGGCAAAGGAGAGAGAACAUGAAAUAAUGGCUGUAGGAUGGAGACAUGCAGAAGUCAUGACUGAACGAGCUAGUUCUGCAAUUACACUGGCCAACCUCUAUAAACCUGAUAAAGAUGGACAAACUCCACAAGUCGUUGUGCUGCUAGGAGCUGCUGGGAUUGGGAAAACAAUGACUGCAAGAAAGAUCAUGUACGAUUGGGCAGCCGGGGAACUCUAUAAGAAAAAGUUUGAUUAUGUUUUCUACAUCAACUGCAGGGAAAUGAACCUUCUUAAUGAGAAGGGAAGUGUGGCUGACAUGAUUUUUAAAAGUUGGCUUAAUACAAAUGCACCAGUUAACCACAUUCUGGUGAAUCCAGAAAAACUCCUGUUCAUAAUAGAUGGGUUUGAUGAACUGAGAUUUUCCUUUGAUCAGCCUAAAGAUAAUCUGUGCACUGAUCCCUGGGAGAAGAAGCCAAUGGAAAUCCUCCUGAGCAGUUUAUUUAGGAGAACAGUUGUUCCUGAAUCCUACCUGAUGAUCACUACAAGACCAGCUGCUCUGGAGAAACUCGAGCAAUGUUUGGAAUGCUCACGUUAUGCAGAGAUCCUGGGGUUUUCCGAAGCUGAGCGGGAGGAAUAUUUCCACAAGUUCUUUGGAAAUGAAAACCAAGCAAGACAAGCUUUACGAUUUGUGAAAGCAAAUGAAAUUCUUUUCACCAUGUGCUUUGUCCCCUUCGUAUGUUGGAUCAUCUGCACAGUUCUGAAACAACAGCUUGAAAAAGGUGAGAAUCUCACACAAACUUCAAAAACAGUCACUGGAGUGUAUAUGCUCUACCUUUCCAGUUUAGUUAAGCCUCUCAGCAACAAUACGAAGCAACACUUAUAUGGAAAUCUGAGGGGACUUUGCUCCUUGGCUGCUGAUGGAAUUUGGAAACAAAAGAUACUGUUUGAGGAAGAAGAAAUCAAGAAGUUUGGCUUAGAUCAAGAGAACUCUCUCCCCCUCUUUUUGAAUGAGAAUAUUUUUCAAAAAGAAACUGACUGUGAAUGUCUCUACAGCUUCAUUCACUUAAGCUUUCAGGAGUUUUUUGCAGCUUUGUUAUAUGUCCUGGAGGAAGAUGAAACAACAGAUUCAGGGAUUCCCAAGAAAGAUGUGAAAACGUUGUUAGAAAGCUAUGGAAACUCUAAAAAUUAUUUAAUGUUAACAGUGCGAUUCCUGUUUGGGCUAUUAAAUGAAGAAAGAAUGAAGGACCUGAAAGAAAAAUUUGGGUGUAAACUUUCACCUAAAAUUAAGGCAGAUUUACUGAAGUGGGUUCAAGCAAACCAACAAACAGAUUUAACCUUGCCCUGUGUUCAUGAGGGGAUUUAUCAAAGUUAUCAGCUUGACUUGUUUCACUGUGUGUAUGAGAUGUAUGAAGAAGAUUUUGCCGUUAAUGCAUUGGAUCACUUCACUGUACUGAAGUUAAAUCAAAAUAAAUUUACCCAGAUGGAUCAAAGGGCUCUUUCAUUCUGUGUAAAGCAUUGUCGUAGUCUGGAGUCACUUUGUAUAUAUGACUGUACAUUUAGUUUAGAAGACCGUGAGGAAGAACUCCCAAGACGACAAAAGUGGCUACAUCAGAAACACCACCAGGAUAAGCCAAAGCAUUCACCUAUUUACCUGCUCUGUCAAGCACUGAAGUAUCCAAACUGUAAAUUAAAGAAGCUAGAGUUUUGUGAUUGCCAUUUGACAGCUGCUUGCUGUGAGGAUCUCUCCUCUAUUCUUGGUACCAAACAGACCUUGGUUGAGUUGUGCUUGGCAGGAAACAGCCUGGGAGAAUCAGGAGUGAAGCUGCUGUGUGAGGGACUGAAGCAUGCAAACUGCAAACUGCAGAAACUAGGAUUGAAGGCUUGUGAAGUCUCAGCUGCUUGUUGUGGGGAGCUCUCUUCCGCUCUCAACACCAACCAGCUGCUAACAGAACUGGACCUGAGUGAUAAUCAACUGGGAGCCUUGGGAAUGCAGCUGCUGUGUGAAGGACUGAAACAGCCGAAUUGCAAACUGCAGAGACUAGUGUUGAGAUUUUGCAGUCUCACAGGCACUUGCUGUGGGGAUCUCUCCACUGUUCUCAGCACCAGCCAGAGCCUGACAGAGCUGGACCUCAGUUAUAAUUUUUCUCUGGGAGAGGUUGGAGUUCAGCUGCUGUGUGAGGAACUGAAACAUCCAAACUGCAAAUUACAGAUUCUAGGGUUAGAGGGGUGCAGACUCUCAGCUGUGUGUUGCGGGUUUCUCUCCUCUGCUCUCAGCACCAGCCAUGCCCUUGCAGAGCUGAACCUUUGGGGGACGAAGCUGGGAGAUUCAGGAGUGCAGGUGUUGUGUGAGGGACUGAGACAUCCCAACUGCAAACUGCAGAAAAUACUGUUGGGGAGUUGCAGCCUCACAGCUGCUUGCUGUGGGGAUCUCUCCACUAUUCUCAGCACCAGCCACAGCCUGACAGUGCUGGAACUGGCGGAUAACAAACUAGGGGAUUCAGGCGUGCAGCUGCUGUGUGAAGGACUAAAACAUCCGGACUGCAAACUGCAGAAACUAGUACUGGGGUAUUGUGAUCUCACAGUUGCUUGUUGUGGGGAUCUGUCCUCUGUUCUCAGCACCAGCCAGACCCUGACAGAGCUUGGCGUAAGGUGGAACAACCUAGGAGAUUCAGGAGUGCAGCUGCUGUGUGAAGGAUUAAAACAUCCAAACUGCAAAUUACAGAUACUGCAACUGAGCGGUUGCCAUUUCACAGCUGCUUGUUGUGGGGAUCUCGCCUCUGCUCUCAGCACCAGCCAGACACUGACAGAGCUGAUUUUGGGAGAGAAAACAAUGGACAAUUCAGGUGUAAAACAGUUGUGUGAAGGACUGAAACAUCCAAACUGCAAAUUGCAGAAAUUGGGCUUGAGCAGUGUCAAUGUAAAUGAAGAAACACAGAGAGAGCUAGAUGCUGUGAAAAAGAGGAAACCUGAUAUGGUCAUAUGUGUAUGGAAGAAUUGGUGAGCAGGAGCCAUUGCACCGACACCGCUCUGGCCUGGCUGUCAUCCUGCUAGCUGGGACAGCAGCUUGGGACAGGACCUGCCCCUUUUAAGGCAUCUCUGGUAUCACCAAGGAGUCCAGAUAUAUAUUCUCCUGCUAGUGCUAAGAGUGAGAACCUCACACUAUGGGGAAAAUAUGCUCCCGUUUUGUGAGCUUGUUGAAUUUACGCAUUCAGCCUCCACAGGCGCAGGACUGGAAGAGCUGGUCUACACUGGGGGGCCGGGGGGGAAUCGAUCUAAGAUAUA